AUGCGUUUCACUACUGCCACUAUCGCCUUCUUCGCUGGCCUUGCCAUUGCCGCCCCCGGUGCCGACCAGACCGUCUACGAGACUGCAGAGGUGACCAUCACCUCCUGCGCUCCCAGCGUCACCGACUGCCCCGGCAACAGCCCCUCCGGCGUUGACGCCACUGGCAUCCCCAGCGCUCCCGUUGGUACCACCACCCCCGCCGCUCCCGGUGCUGGCGAGACCCCUGUCCAGUCCGUUGAGGUUCCUGCCGAGACCCCUGUCCAGUCUGUUGAGGUUCCUGCCGAGACUCCUGCCUGGUCCGCUGAGACCCCUGCCUGGUCCUCCGUCCCCACCUGGGCUCCCUCCAACCCCGCCGGCGGCUCUGUCCCCAGCGCCAGCGCCCCCGCCCCCGCUCCCCCCGCCGGCACCCCUGCUUCUUCCUACACCGUGAUUCCCGUCACCACCUGCGUGCCCACCGUCAUCUACUCGACCGUGCCCAUUUCCUCCAGCACCCAGCCUGCUGGCGGUAACGUCCCCCACAUUCCCGGCACUGGUGUCCCCCACGUCCCCACCGGCAGCAAGGCCGUCCCCUCCGGAACUGCCUCCGCCCCUCCUUCCAUCUCCUCCCCUGCCUUCAACGGCGCUGGUGCUCUCAGCGGCUCCCUCGGCCUUGCCGGUGCUGCCGCCGCCGCUGCCUUCUUCCUGGCAUAA